AUGUGGAAUUUAGCUAGUGUUACUGAAGUCCCUGUUAAUGGCUGAUAUGUAACUGUCAACAAUUCUGGGGUUGCUGAGACCGAAGCCCUUUUACGAUCCAUUACUCUCUGUGUUUCACAGGUUCAUUUUUAAAGGCAACUUAGAAUCAAAUGUUAUGGAUGAACCAUGAAGGCACAAUUACAAGUCACAGUGCUUUCAGCUAAGCUAAAGGAAAACAAAAAGAACUGGUUUGGUCCCAGUCCGUACGUUGAGGUAGCUGUGGAUGGCCAGUCAAAGAGAACAGAAAAAUGCAACAACACCCACAGUCCCAAAUGGAAGCAGGCCCUCACUGUAAUUGUGACUCCAGUCAGCAAACUCAUCUUUCGUGUUUGGAGUCAUCAGACACUGAAAGCAGAUAUUCUGCUGGGCAUGGCCACUCUGGACAUCGGCACGGUCCUCAAAGCCAAUGAUCUUAAAUUGUGUGAGGUGGUGCAGACGCUGCAGCUAUCCUUUGACAGAGACCCUCAGGAUAUUGUAGGGGACCUCUCAAUCUGUCUGGACGGCAUGCAGGUUGACCCGGAAGCCUUUGCUCUGGCAGAGAGAGAGCAAGCUCCUCUUACAAAUGGAAAUGCAAAACAAAAUGGCAACACAAGCAACAGAUCAAGCCGGGACACGUCUCCAUCCAGUGACUCAGAUGACUGGGUCAUUGUACCCAAUGGUCUUACUGUCAGCGAUAGAGGUUCUCCCUCUCCGUCUGCAGAGGGCUCCACUUCCUCGCGUCCUCCUAGGCCUGCCAGGCCACCGCCUCCUACGCCACGAAAACCUGCUGCCUCACCAAGCUCUUCCAGUAGUUCUUCCCCCAGUGAACUGAGUGAAGCACCAGCUUCUGACGGCUCCUCUCAGGCAUCUGCAAGCGGAGGUUCAGACCGCUUGACCGAUGACACAGGUGCACGAGCAGCAACGGCUGUUUCCUCACAGACGGCUUGUGCUCCCAAACCAGGUGGCGCUGUAACAGCAGCUCCAGCUACAACAGCUACUCCCAGAGUCAACCCCAUUAGCAACGCACCGCUGCCACCAGGAUGGGAGCAAAGGGUAGACCAGAAUGGAAGAGUGUAUUAUGUGGACCACAUUGAGAAAAGGACAACCUGGGACAGACCUGAGCCUCUGCCUACAGGCUGGGAGCGGCGGGUCGACCCGAUGGGUAGAGUAUACUAUGUUGACCACAUAACACGAACCACAACAUGGCAACGGCCCACUCAGGAGUCAGUGCGCAACUAUGAGGAAUGGCAGAACCAGCGCAGCCAGCUCCAGGGAGCAAUGCACCAGUUUAACCAGAGAUUCAUUUACGGGCUGCAGGACCAGUUUGCAGCCACAUCCACUAAAGAGUUCGACCCACUGGGAACGCUGCCACACGGCUGGGAGAAGAGAACAGACACCAACGGCAGAGUAUAUUUUGUUCAUCAUCCAACUCGAAUGACACAGUGGGAGGACCCGAGGACACAGGGUCUUCUGAACGACAAACCCCUACCUGAAGGGUGGGAGAUGAGGUUCACUGUGGACCACAUCCCCUACUUUGUAGACCACAACCGGAAAACGACGACCUACAUCGACCCUCGGACAGGGAAAUCUUCCUUCGAGAAUGGGCCACAGAUCACCUAUGUUCGGGAUUUUAAAGCCAAAGUGCAAUACUUCAGAUUCUGGUGUCAGCAAUUAUCUAUGCCUCAGCAUAUCAAGAUUACCGUCUCCAGAAAAACUUUGUUUGAGGAUUCAUUUCAGCAGAUCAUGAGUUUUCAUCCACAAGAUUUGAGGCGGAGACUGUGGAUAAUUUUCCCUGGAGAGGAGGGCUUGGACUAUGGAGGCGUAGCCAGAGAAUGGUUCUUCUUGCUCUCCCAUGAAGUGCUAAAUCCCAUGUACUGUUUGUUCGAGUACGCUGGAAAGGACAACUACUGUCUUCAGAUUAACCCUGCUUCUUAUAUCAAUCCGGAUCAUCUUAAAUACUUUAAAUUCAUUGGCCGCUUCAUUGCCAUGGCCUUGUUCCAUGGGAAGUUUAUUGACACGGGUUUCUCGCUGCCUUUCUACAAGCGCAUUUUGAACAAACCGCUGGCUCUUAAAGACUUGGAGUCCAUUGACCCCGAAUUUUAUAAUUCACUCAUUUGGAUCAAGGACAAUAACAUAGAGGAAUGCGGUCUGGAGAUGUUCUUCUCUGUUGAUAAGGAGAUCCUGGGAGAGGUCAGCACUCAUGAGCUGAAACCAGAUGGAGGAAACAUUCCAGUUACUGAAGACAACAAGGAGGAAUACAUCAGGUUGGUGGCAGAGUGGAGGCUGUCCAGAGGGGUGGAGGAGCAGACCCAGGCAUUCUUUGAGGGCUUCAAUGAAGUUCUUCCUCAGCAGUACCUUCAGUACUUUGAUGCAAAGGAGUUGGAGGUAAUGCUGUGUGGAAUGCAGGAGAUAGACCUGGUGGACUGGCAGAGAAACACAAUUUAUAGACAUUAUGCUAGGAGCAGCAAGCAGAUCCUUUGGUUCUGGCAGUUUGUGAAGGAGAUGGACAACGAAAAACGAAUGAGACUCCUGCAGUUUGUCACCGGCACCUGCCGUCUUCCUGUGGGUGGCUUUGCUGAUUUGAUGGGAAGCAAUGGUCCACAAAAGUUUUGCAUUGAGAAAGUGGGGAAAGAAAACUGGCUUCCACGAAGUCACACGUGCUUCAAUCGUCUGGAUCUCCCUCCUUAUAAAAGCUAUGAGCAGCUGAAGGAGAAACUUAUGUUUGCCAUUGAGGAAACGGAAGGAUUUGGGCAGGAAUAAUCAUAACAGGAGUUCCUGAUUUUCAUCCCGAUAAAUGGAUGCAACAGAAAAUUGCUGACCUUGAAUGAGCCGGAUCCAUUUUAGAAAGAAGCACUUUUAGCAGUUUCUCUCUGCAGCCUGGAAAUGCUUUCACCAUGGUAGAUUCUGUCUGUCUCAAUAGCAUAUUCACAAAAGAUUACAAAAUUGUUUCAUAAUAGGUUCAUUAUUUAACAAGGGAUCUGUGAGUCUUCUACCUUGAUGACCUGUUCCUCCCUGAUCCACUUAAUCUCACUUUGCUGCACAAAAAGACUAAAAAAAGAAACGCCUUUCUCACUCUGGCAUGCCUGCACUUGCUGUAUGUUGAGUAAGCGCAGUUUCUACACGUGGAGCACAGAUUCUGCGCCACAGUCAUUUAGAACCACUUUGUUGGGCUAUGCACCCUGAUAAUGUACAAGGAAAGAAACUUGUCUGUACAUUUUGACUCGUAAUAUGAAGAUUAAUUUCCUGACAGAUAAAACAGUCCCUUUUGAUUUGAGGUCA